GGCUACGUGCUUUAAAUAAAACGACUCACCGUUUUCAGGAUCCACUUCUUCAUGCUGGCCGUGGUUAUUCUAAAAGCAGUCAAUUUGUUAUGUGAAGCUGAGGAUAAGUCUUAUAUUAAACGAACAGGAAGCGCUCAUGGUUGGUAUGUUUUGUUUUACGUAUUCAGUUUCUUGAAAGGGGUGACGCUUUUCACGUUGAUCGUUUUGAUCAGUACUGGGUGGUCUUUUUUGAAACCUUACUUGCAGGAUAAGGAAAAGAAGGUCUUGAUGAUCGUGAUUCCACUUCAAGUUGUUGCUAAUGUUGCCCAGAUUGUCAUCGAUGAAACUAGACCAUUUGGCCACGAUUGGGUGGUGUGGAAACGGGUGUUCUUGCUCUUCUAUGUCAUAUGUUGUUGUGCGGUGUUGUUCCCCAUCGUUUGGUCGAUUAAGAACUUGCGAGAGGCGGCUAAGACCGAUGGGAAAGCUGCGGUGAAUUUGAUGAAGCUCACUCUGUUCAGGCAGUAUUACAUUGUUGUUAUCUGUUAUAUUUACUUUACUAGCGUUGUAGUUUAUGCAUUGGUGACCAUUACUUCGAAAAGGAUAAGAAAAAUGAAAAAGAACACACUCAAAAUCUUUUACGUGUAA